CGCGCAACUGCAUGCCUCGCGCGCCCCUGGGGUCUGUUGGUCCAAAGCCUGUCUUUGCAGCUGAUCGGCUCGCCAUCACAUCGCUGCAAUCGACUGGGUUCCCAACUUUGUUUCUCGCGCUCCGUCACCACACAAUCUCCAUCAUCCCAGUCUCCUGCUCGUCCACAUGGCCACCGGACUGCCGACCAACCACGCGCUCUCGGGCCGCAUCGCCCUGGCCAGUUCCGUCGACCCGCGAUUCCCUCCAGAGAACGUUAUCGACGGUAGCGCCAAGACAUUUUGGAUGACGACGGGAAUGUUCCCGCAAAGCAUUGUCGUGUCACUGCCGUACGCUGUGCAUGUCAAGAAGCUGACUCUCACGAGCACACGAGUCGCGAGUAUCCAAAUCUCGUUGUACUCGGCGUCGUUGCUCAACCUCAACCCCUCCGUCGAUGAAAGCGCAAAGUCGUUCAGCCAAGACCUCGAGGAUGUCGAGCGGCCAGUGUUUGGCCAAACGGCAACCUUCAGUAUCCCCUCGGCGCCCACGCAGCCAACGCGACACAUCAAAAUCACAAUCCGCAAGGGCCAUGCCACAUUCGCGGCUGUGUCGCGGGUUGCGGUGAUGGGCGACAGGGCCGACGAGCCUGCAGCCAGCGCCCUGGACGACAGCGCAAUCAAGCGGACAUCGGCAGAGAACUCUCCAGGGACGAUUGUGACGGUGGGCGGCGUUCCGCUGCGGAAAGAGUCGAGCCAAGAAUCGCACGGCGACGACAAGCCUGGCUCCAAGGGCGGCAUCAGCCCGUGAGGCGGGGGGGGGCACCGCAUUGCUCGACCGGCCAAAGGCGACGCAGGGGAGAGUGCAGUUGGUCGGCCAUCAGUCCCCACAACACGAAUGUUCCAG